GAAAGAGAGAGAGAGAGAGCGGUAGAGCAGCUGUUUGGAACCAUGACUGAAGAUGACGGAUUCAGUUGUCGUGGAGGGACAUGUCAAAUUGAGAGAUGGAAAAAAGUGGAAGAGUAGAUGGCUUGUACUACGAAAGCCCUCCCCUGUAGCAGAUUGCUUGGUAAUGCUGGUGUAUAAAGACAAGUCUGAAAAGAAUAAGGGACAUAAAGAAAGAAGCAGUAUAACUCUGCAGGACAUUUGUGGCCUUGAGCCAGGCCUCCCCUAUGAAGGUUUAAAUAACACACUUGCAAUAAUCUGUCUAAAUCAAGUGGUUAUGGUUGGAUUUGAACACAAGGAUGUUAUGAUGCGAUGGGAUAUAUGGAUCCGUUAUAGCCUAGGAGAAGUUCACAGAUUUCAUAUCACAGUGCUACCAGGAACACAGUUAGAGAGUGGACAAGCAACAGUUCAUUUUUGCAACAACAUACUGGUUAUUGUACGUGACAUCCCGCCAGUGAUCAUAGGGCAGUGGAGAUUAUCUGACCUCCGACGCUAUGGAGCUGUUCCCAAUGGUUUUGUUUUUGAAGGUGGUACAAGAUGUGGCUUUUGGGCUGGUGUUUUCUUUCUCGCUUGUGCAGAGGGAGAACAGAUCAGCUUUCUGUUUGACUGCAUCGUUCGAGGCAUCUCACCCACAAAGGGCCCAUUUGGGAUUCGUCCAUCUCUACCAGCAUUUGAUACUGGAUCGAGUAUUAUGUCGGCAGAAGAAAGAGUUGCUCAUGAAACAAUGGAACUGGAAAAACGUUUGAGCCUUCUCUCUCAUUCAAGUUGUCAAAGCAGUGGAGGAGAUGAUCGCAGCAUAUCCAGUUCAUCAUCAGACACCAGCCACUCAGACACCAGUAUUGGAAGCCGACUGACAAUCUGGCCUGAACCUUCACUAGCCAGCACUUCUCUAGAGGGUCAUGGACUGACAGCAACAAAGACUACGCAUCCUGGUGAUGAGAUUUUAUACCCUGAAGCAAUGCGUGGAUCAAGGCCACAACCAAAACCUCAGCGAACACGAAAUCUACAAGAAAUAGGCCGUCAGAGUUCUUCUGAUAGUGGAAUUGCCACAGGCAGCCACUCAUCUUAUUCUGGAAGCUUCUCUUCCUAUGCUGGGAGCUUGGAUAUGUCACGUAGUGAGGAGUUUGGCUCAUGGUUUAACUCACAGCUGAACAUUGCUUCAGAACAGAAUUUAUGUACUUGCCAGCCCAGUGAGUCCCAAAGGGCCUCUACAUAUGAAUAUCAGGUUCCUAACUCUGUUCGGCAUCUUUAUGACACACCCAGGAGUGUAUUACAGACUGCUGCUAAGGGUAUCCCAGACAAGAGUUCAGAUUCUGCUCAGUCAAAGGACCAGACCCUAGCACCUCAAGAUAUUAGUGAAAUGAAAGUAGCAGCAGAGGAAAUCCAAGGCAAAGGAAGACAAGUGUCAGCUUCACAUGAAGGCACCAAAGACUCGAGUGAUGAGACAUAUGUAGAUUUUGUACCUCGGUGGCAAGUUAUUGCAAAAGCACAAUCCCAGACUGAAGAAUCCCAGGGUACUAGCUUAGCACCACCUAGUGGAAUAUUAGCAGAUACAUGUGAAAUAUGUAGCCCUCAGCCUGGAAUUACCAAAUCACUUUUUUCAAGCUGCCCCAUAUGUGGAGGAUUAAAGGGAACAACAGUUACACAGCCUGGGGUCUUACACGUCCCAUCUGCUACAGGGGCCUCCUCAUCCAUGGCUGGUGGUGCUGCUGCUGCCAUGAAACUCCAACGUGGGACAAGCAUCCACAGUGAAGUACCAGGGAUGGACAGAACCCGCAGUGAGGCAGGGACGUAUGUUAAUAUUCCAGUCAGCCCCACAUCCAAGAAGCAGCUACACUACAUGGAACUGGAACAUCAGGAACCUAGCAUGGCAAUUCGAGGAGAAGGCUCUUCUAAAUAUGUACAGAUUGAUAUUGCAGCAACAGAAACAGCCCAUAAAGUGGGAACCCAACAUGCUCAGUUCCGAGAGGAGCGUCUCCAUGAGUUAGAACAGAAGAAGAAAGGUGCACAGCAGUGAAGCUUUCAAAUGCAGAUUUGCAGAAAAGGGACAAAAAGUAAUUAUACAAUGCAGACCCAGUUUUAAAAAAUAUUCCUUGUGUAAGUUACUGGGAUGCAGCAUGAGAUUCUGUUCAAAACACAUAUAUUUGGGACUGUUCACUGGCUUGCCUUUAGAGGCUUAAUACUGGUGUUGGAACUGUACAGGUUUCUGCCUUCCCAGAUUAAGAAAAAUAGGGCAGAUGCUGGACAAAACAAAAAAACAAAAAAAUGUAAAUAAUGCUGCAGUAUUGUUUCUCUUGAUUCUGAUUUCUGAAUAAUUAGAAAGAUGUAGAAUGGAUACAGUCUGUAUACUUCUUUGUUCAAAGCUUGCCUCUUAUGUACCAAUUGUAAGGUGCUGGGAGAUGUAGCAGUAUGAAUGCCUGGCAGCUCAGUCUCAAAAUGGGCAUAGAAAUAUGGUACAAAUGUAAAUAUGAAUAUAUAUUUUUUUGAAGUUUUUUUUUUUUUUUUGCAGUCAUACAGAAACUACUGUCCACUGGACCAUGUGAUUUGGAGAACCAGAUCAUAUAUUUUUCAGAUUAAAACAUCAUCCUGCUUUACAGAAUAACCACAGUACUUCAGACACGUUUUGUUUUAAUUACCUUUAUUACCAGUGCACUCAUUUUACAUUUCAAAUGCAUAAAGGGAUUCCAGUUAUCAGAAGUAAUGUCAAGCAGAGCAGUAAGCCAAAGCUUUUGUGGGCAUUUGUACACAUUGUCUUGCCACAAAUAUGUUGGUUGAUUCAUGUACAUUUGCUCUUCUGAAAAGGAGAAGCAUGUCGGAUACUAAUGCAAAAACUCUGCAAUGGAAAAUGAUGUGAAAAGUCAUUGGUCACUUAGGCUAUGUACAUAUUUAAUGUACCACAUCCAAAGAAACCGAUAAUUAAUUGCCAAAUGUGUAAAUGGAUGAUUCAAGCUUAUUCUCAGUCAUAGCUCUCAAUCUCUUCUCUAGAGAAUCAAAGAAAAAUGUAAUAACAGACAAAGACCACAAA